UGCUGUCACUAACCGAAAUGCUCUUUACUGACUCUACAAAAGUUGAAGAGAGCUGUGAAAGCCCUUUCAGUUUUAAUGGCCUACCGAUGUAUUAAGUCUUUAUGUGUUUUAAAUUCAUUUAAAAACCCAUUUAAGGGUAUCCAGUAAGAAUUAUUUCGUUGAUCCUUCUAGAGCUCUCCUUGCAAAUGCAUCAAAGCUUUCCUCAUUAUCGUUUUUUUCUCCCUUUUAAAUAGAAGAGGUCUAUGCUUAUGUGAAACGACACAAACUAUGUCAGCUUCCGUCAACAACAGCUCUGUAGCUCUCAAGUUCGAUUCGACUGGACCCAAGCCUGACUAUUUGGUGCGUAUGGUCUUCAUUUGGAUCAUCAUAGUGGUGGGCCUUAUCGGCAAUUCAUUCAUCGUUGCCGUUAUCAUAAUUUUUUGUCGCAUGCGAACAACCACCAACUACCUCCUGCUCAACGUAGCGGUCGCAGACAUCACCACACUGCUGUUCACGGCAAUGCACCUCAUCCCAAUCAAAGGUCCCUUCCCAUCCGGUGCUCUUGGUAGCUUUCUUUGUAAGUUUGUGUACACCAAUAAUAUUACCAUGGUAACACUUCUUGUUACCACAUUGACGCUGACACUCCUGGCUGUUGAAAGAUACCACGCCAUGGUCAAGCCUUUGGUAAUAUCCAGGAGAAUCACUAAUGAGAGGAUUGCUUACGUCAUAGUUGGCAUCUGGCUGGCCGCCAUAGCAAUGGUUACACCCCUCUUCGUGUCUCUUGACUAUCGUCCCAAUUCCAGGAGCCUUUGUUCUCCUGGUAACGAUUUCGAUGCAAUGAAAGUGUACGUUUACUGUCUGGUCGUUAUCCUGACGUUGAUUCCAUUCUUCGCCAUCGCUUUCUGCUAUUCUCGGAUUAUUUCGGGAUUGUAUUUUGGGAAAACGAUUUGCAGCCGAGGUCAAGGCAUCAGCACCCCAGAAGAGAUGGCAGAAAAGAAAAGAAUCGUAAUACUUCUCAUGGCACUUACAACCGUGUUUUUCGUGGCCUAUGUGCCCUACGGAGUAGCCCUGAUUCUGCAGUUUAGCAGAAUGGCAAAUGACAACGUUGAAAAACUUCGAAUCUUUAGUCGCUUUAAAAUAGGAGUGCAAUACUUGACACUUCUGAACUGUUCGAUUAAUCCAUUCAUAUAUGCUAUCCCUAGUACCAACUACAGAUGCUGCUUCAGGUACAUCUUCAAGAAAAUACUCUUCCGAAAUACCAGGGAAGAGUUUGACGCCAUUGAGCUACGAACAAGAAGGGAUACCGUCUGAAGCCCCAUCAGCUUGCUGCAGUUCAGUGAGAAACCUUGUUAACAGUGGACAAUUCACUCUGAUAAUGACUUUCUAGUCUAAAACGUUCGGUGACUUUUGGAAACAUUCUACUUAUAUGAAGCCUAGCCUAUGAGGCUUUAAAAUCUACGUGCAAUAUGUAAUUAGUGCACCAUUAGAAAAUCAACUGGGAAAAUUAAGACUACAAGUAAAUCGAUGUACCUGAAGCAAAGCGAGGGAAAACGUAUGGAGCGAGUCAUGAUUGGUUUUGGUUUUAAGUGGCGCGAGUUUUUAAUUUUAAGCCGAUCUUGUAGCAUUGGUGUGCAAAACCCAUGCAAAUGCGAUUAGACCGAUCCAGAGUUGCCGUUUGCUUCAGAGUUGAUUUGCGUCAGAGUUGUCUUUUCAUAUGAAUUCAAAUGAAGACACAUGUCGUAUGAAAAUAAAAUUACCUUGCACAAAUGAAAGUGUUCAGAGGGGUGAAACACAUUUUCAA